AUGUCUAAUUUGGAACUACCUGAAAACCAAGAAAAUUCAGUAAUAGCACCUUUAUCUCCUGAAAAAGAAAAGGAUAAAAGUACUUCUGACCUGGGAGAGAAAAGCGCCGAGGAAAAUCUGGAAAAUGAUGCUGACACAGAGACCCCACCACAGCAAGCAAGCCAUUCUGACGUUACAGCAAGUCGUAGAACUUCUGAUCUAAAUGAAGAUCUCCUUAGAGAGUCUAAAGGAGAUAUUGACAACAAAGAUAUUGACAAUACACAGGCAGCAGUAGUGGAGGAAUUACCAAUUGAUGAGUCAGAAAAAGUGAUCACCUCCCUACCAAAGGAAGAAGCAAGGCAUGUUUUGGGUGAUGACUUUGGUGAGGAGAAAGAAGAGGAGGGGGAGGAGGAGAUGGAGGAAAUGGAGGAGGAAGAAGAAACAAUAAUAGAGGUCACUCCACAAACGUCUGAAGACUAUAAUAAAAAAGGCUUAGUAUUUGAGAGCUACGUGGAAAAUGAAAACUUCAGGGUUAAACUGAAUUCCAAGAAUUUGCAGAAAUUUCCCAAAGGCCUUUUUAAAACUCAGGAUAUAAAAUAUCUCUAUCUAGAUAAAAACAAAAUAAAAACUUUUCAAGUGGAGCCAAAUAUGGCAGGACUUGAAGUAUUGUCCAUGAGAGAAAAUGAAUUAGUAGCACUACCACCCGAAAUUAAGUUGCUUUGUAAUCUAAGUGUGUUAAAUGUCAGCUACAACCACAUAGCCUCCCUCCCAGCAGAAAUAACACAGCUUGUCUACCUGAGGCAACUUUUCUUGGAUUAUAAUAAUUGUUUUGAAUUUCCUACAAUACUAGGAAGUCUUGAAAAGUUGGAAUUUUUAAGCUUGUCUGGAAAUAGCCUUAAAGUUCUACCAGAAACGAUGGCCAAUAUGAAAAAUUUACAGGUCCUCAAUCUCAGCUCAAAUCAGUUUUCGGUAUUUCCUAACAUUCUUUGCUUCCUUCCAAAGUUAACGAAGCUAAGUGUCUCAGAAAAUCUCAUAAGCAGUUUGCCAAAAGAGAUCAAGCAGCUAAAGCAUUUGGAAGAAUUUUUCUUGGACCACAAUAAACUGACAUUUUUACCUGUGCAAAUCUUUCGGUUACAGAAACUAAAAAGGCUCCAUCUGGUUGAUAAUAAAUUGGAAUAUCUUUCCCACAACAUUGAGAACUUCAAAGAGCUCAAGGUCCUCCAACUUGACAAAAAUUUAUUGAAACAGCUAAAUGAUAAAAUUUACUUUUGUGCUAAGCUAGAAUGCCUUAGCCUUAAUGACAAUGACCUAGAAGUAAUUCCUGGUAACAUUCACAGACUUAAAAACCUGAGAGUACUCUAUAUCAACCGAAAUAAAAUGAAGUUUCUAAAUGCGGAUAUCUCCCAUCUGAAAUACAUCAAGGUGUUAGAAUUUUCUGGAAAUGCAAUCGAAGACAUUCCUAUUGAAAUAAAAAACUGCAACCAGAUAAGGAAAGUGGACUUGAGCUUUAAUAAAAUAUGUGAUUUCCCAGUAGGCCUCUGUGCCCUGAGCUUUCUCGAGCAUUUGAACCUCAAUGGAAAUGAGCUUUCAGAAAUACCUGUUGACCUCUCAUUUAGUAGGCAACUGAUUCACUUAGAAUUAAAUCAAAAUUAUUUUUCCUCCUUUUCCAACUACAUAUGUAGACUUAUAAACCUCAAGUACUUAAAUCUUAGUAAGAACAAAAUACCUCAAAUUCCAUCAUCUAUCUCCAAUAUGACUUCUCUCCAGGUGCUUAUUUUAAGUGGAAAUAAAUUUGAAAAUUUCCCCAAAGAACUGUGCACUUUAGAAAACCUACAGACACUUGAUCUUUCUGAAAACCAAAUACAGUAUGUCCCUUCUGAAAUCAGUAAUCUACAAGUGAUCCAAAACUUAGAUUUCUCAAGCAACAGAUUUGGAUGUUUUCCAGUUGAAUUGUGUCAACUUUCUACCCUGAAGGAGUUGAAGUUAUGCCAAAAGAAUGGAUGUAAGUUAACCCAAGUUCCAGAUGAACUGUCUAAUUUGACUCAGCUGGAAAUCCUUGAUAUUUCACAUAACACUAUAAAAGAACUUCCAAAGAAUAUAGGAGAAUUGAAAAGUUUGGUCAUUUUCAACGCCAAUAACAACUUGAUAAAUGCUCUUCCAUUGUCUUUUGAAUUUUUAAAUAAGCUCCAGCAUCUGGACAUGAGUGGAAAUCGUCUGACAACAUUGCCUAAUAGUCUCAAUAAUCUUUCUUCACUGAAGGAAAUAAAUUUUGAUGACAAUCCUUUGAUUAAACCUCCACCUGAAGUCUGUAAAGGGAAGGUAUUAAAUGUUAUUGGACAUUAUCUACAGAAAGCUGAGGACAGAGAUGAGAAAAUAUUGCAGAAAUUGUUCAGGAUAGUUUCUCGUAACCUCUCUGGAGUGCACUUUGAGUUUUUCUGCCAAAAGCUACAACUGAAGAAGCCAGUGAUUGAUGUUCUAAUGAAAAAGAUUAGUACUAAAUUGGAAGAAGCAAUUCUUGAAGCACUCAACAUAUGGAGAGUGGAAAAAGAUCCCCCACUUAAUCCUGCUGUAUUGCGAGACCAACUUAUCAGAAUAAUAGCUAUAACUGGGAUACAAGAACUGGUUGAUAAAGUCACAUCUCUAAGGCUUUGUACCCAACUAUUCAAAUUAUAA